GUGAGAACAAAACUUCCCAUUCUGCUGCUGGUGCUGGUGCUGGUGCUGCUCCCAUCAAAGCAACCAUUUGGGGCUGAGUUUUGGUUUCGGGAGUGUCUUUUUCUGCUGCGAACGCGAAACGCGUAGGGGCGCUCGAAGAAAGUCGGCAUCGAACUCAGGUCCGCUCCGAAGCAAAGUAACUAGCAAAAUAGAAGAAAAAAGAAUAAAAAACGGAAUCCUUUCACUCCUGACCUCUCGCUCUCGCCGUGGAAUGGUGAGUGUCCGUGUGUCCUUCGCUCAACAAUACGACCAGCUUCGUCUGCCGGCCACCGUGAUGUUGUGAAGUUUGCGAAACCCAAGUGCGCGCGCCACGACAGGGUCAAGAAGGAAAAGCCCUGCAAAGUUACCGUAGCCUACCUCUGAUGGUGGCAAGAAAAUUGAUCACAGCAACUCGUUCGUUUUGCGUUUGUGCCUGUGUACACACACCGAAAAAAAAGUGAUACAAAAUUUGAUCGAUUGAAGCAAGUGAAGCGCAAGCAAUAACAAGUGCAAGUGUGUUUGUGUUUGGGUGUAAGUGUGCGCCCAUGUGUAACAAAUGAUAACGCAAAGUGUUGCCACAAUUUAACGACAACGACACGUGGAAGCGCUGCUGCCUUCAUUUGCACACCCUUCUUUGUUUCUGUUUUUGCGCGCGAAUCAUCAUAUCGGAAAUUUUGAAUAUUUAAUUUUCAUCAACGAAAAAAGAACCAAAAAAAUUGCAAAAACGAAGGCAAAUCUUCAAGAAAGGAAUUCAGGAAGCACAACAACGCCCAAGAAGCUCAUCAACACAUCAUCCGUCACCGGGAUAUCUUUACGUAUAUAUAUUUUUUAUUUCGACCCGAUUUUUACGAUUUUUAUCAUUCCCCGACCCUUUGCUUGCUGCUGCCCCCCACCGGUCAGCAAUAACGGUCCCUCGCAGUGAUCAGUUCAGGUCAUGGUUUUUAUAAAUAACAGAGAUGAGUAUUUACCAUUCCUGAAAGCGCCAGGAGUAAGAAUGCAAACUCCUUUGGUUAACAACGUGACGACGACCACUACGACACUAAACCGAGACGUUGCAGCGCAGGUGCAACAGCAGCAACAGCAGCAACAACAGCAGCUUGGCAACAUUAACAACAACAACGCGACCACCAACAAUAACAUCAACGCGAAUACACUCAUCAACAACAACAACAGCAUCACGUGCGGCACGUUGAAUGUGAGCAACAACAUAAACAACAACAACAGCCUCAACAACAAUGGCCAGCCGCAGGUUGCCCGGGCCCUGCUCAUCUGCCGACCGAAUUCUCAUCCGUUUAAUAAUCGAACACUUUACCUUGAGCCCGGCGCCCAAGCUAAGGUAGGACGGUCGGUGGCGAGAAUACGCGUCUCGGAAAACAAUGCAAUCUUCGACUGCAAGGUGCUGUCGCGCAACCAUGCCGUGCUGUGGUACAAAGAUGGUCGUUUCUUCAUCAAGGAUACGGGCAGCAGCAAUGGCACGUUCAUCAACAACAUUCGCCUCAGCCAGACGUGCACCGAGUCGGAGCCGCACGAGAUCAGCUCGGGCGACAUCGUGCAGUUCGGCGUGGACGUUAUGGAGAAUACGCGGCGCGAAACGCACGGCUGCAUUACGGCCACGCUCAAGCUCUUCCUGCCGGACGGCCGGGAAACGAAGGCCAGCCAGAAGGUGGGCAUCGGGGGUCAGAGCGCCAUCAUACCGCCGGUCGAUCUGUACCGAUUGAAUCAGUACAUCCAGGAGGCGAAUCAGCGCGAACAGAUACUCGAGACGAAGCUGAUCAGCCUGCAGAAGAUGGUUGAGUCGACCAAGCAAAAUUCCUUCCUGGGCUGGCAGGCAAUGAUCGACGAGGAUCGGCUGCUGAGUCGGAUCGAUAUGCUGGAGAAGAAGCUACAGUACUGCCAGAAGAACAUCACCGAGGACAAGCUGCGGGAGGAGCUGCUGAAGCUGGUGGACGAGAAGGAGGAGUACCAGAACGCGGCCAAGGAGGCUAUGUACAAACUGCACCAGGAGCGGCACGAAGCGGUGCACAAGCAGAUCUCGCUGGAGAAAGCACUCUGCACCAGCGAGGAUGAGUGUUCGCUGUUGCGGGAGCAGCUGACCAAAACGAAGCAGCAGUUGCAGGAAAUGACCGUCUGUAUGGAUACGCUGAAGAGCCAGUACGAUGAAAAGGUGGCGUCGAGCGAGGAGCAACUGAAGGCGAAAGAGUCCGAAAUAACCAGUCUCACGCACAAGCUCGACCACUUCGUUGACGUUUAUGCGAUCGGAUCAUCAGACGAUGAGCAGCAGCAGCAACAGCAACAGCAGAUACACAGUUCGGCCAUGUCGAACUGGUUGAAGAACUCAGAUAUUAAGAAACUGGAAGGAUCUGAAGACAUAAUUAAGGCCAUUUGUAAUGAUACUCAGGAAAGCGAGAUUACCGGUAGUGAUUACACGGAAGGACUGACGAAGCUGCAACGACGCAUUAAUACGCUUGAGAAAAAUUUCACCCUACUAUUCGGAGGAGAUCUAAAGUCGGAAAAUGAAUCAGGCGACUCAAACGAUCUAGAGAACGAUACAACGGACCCGAUCGAGCUGACGGGGACAACCAAUGCGACAACGAUCCCGGCGGGUGAUGCAAAACCAGAUGAUGACGCACCCGCCGGAGACGCAAGCACGCUAGUGCGUGGAGCAGAAAAUGGACCGGCGGCGACGCUGCUGCCGGUGGAAUGCGAUGGCAAUCAGAACGAUGUGAACAGUGCCAGUCCCACCAGCAAUCGCAACGGUGCUGGAGAUGGCGAGGAUGCCGGUGUUGGCGCUACGACGCAAAGCGAACAGGGUGGAGCUGUGCCGGAGGGACAGGAAACGGUUGUUGGAAGCGGCGCAACGACGGUACCCGUGACGGCCGCUGCUCCGCCGUACGGCGGCCAGGCAGCAGAUCAGAUCAAUCAGAACGUGCUGAAGCGGAACAUUCGGCUGAUCAAGAACGACUGCAUGACGCUGUUGCGGCAGGUCGAGCGAACGAUAGCGCAGAAACAAUCGGAACAGAUCAUCCAGAAGGCCAAGUACGACGAGCUGGAGACGGAGCUGUUGGCGUUCAAGGCGGAACUGGAAAGCCGACCGAAACAGGACGAGCUGGAUCAGAAGCAGCAGCUUUGUGAUAGCCUCGCCGAGAACCUUUCGACGCUAAGGAGCGAGGUAGAUGAGCUGCGCACGCUCAACGAUCGCUGUCAGCUAGAGAUGGAGCGCAUGGAGAUCGAGCUGCUGAAGCAGAAAAAUAUCGAAAACGAAAAGAUCAGUGCAAUGGCCGCAGCUGCGGCAGCAGCCGCGGCGGCGGCGGCGGCAGCAGCCUCAGCCACUCAGCCAUCCGCCGAGGAAACGGUUUCGGUUGUGGUUAAGGAAGAGCAGGAAUUGCUGCAAACCAGUGCCACCGAAAAGGAGGAACCGACGGAAAAGUCCUCCUCGACGCCGGAAUCGGAAUCAACGGCAAAGGACGCAGUGAAGGAGGAGCAUCCCCACCACCAGCAAACGCCGGAAACGCUGAUGAUGAUGCCGACGACGCUGCUGGUGGUGACGGACAAUGCACCGGUGGCGGAAAUGCCCUCGCCCGUCCUAAUACCCACGGUACCGAUGGUGGACGUGGAAACGCAAACCGACGCGCCUCCCGAGGUGCCUGUGGUGGUGGUGCCGAGUAUGCCCGUACCAGAUCUACCUCUAGCGGCCGCGGCCCCGUCCGAUGCGACCGAUACGAGUGGCGAUGGAGGCGACGCGUCGAUCUGCUCCAAUCUGGACGAUCUGGACGACGAUGACGAGGACGAUGACGAGAAGACGGAAACCAUCGAAGCGACCGCCCUGUACAAUGCGCCGGUGUUGGACAUGGUCAUUGAUCCCAUUGCCGCUGCACCCCGCGAUGUCAGUGUGACGGACAAACCGUGCGAAGGUAGCCGCAAUGGUGGCAGCGCUCUGCUGAUGGCUUACCCCGCGGACGAUGCCACCGGCGACGGUAAGGAGGAGCAGCUGGGGACGAGCGCGAUCGAUUACGAGCUGGCCAUGAUCAACCAUCCGGAUGUGCAGCGGGAGGAGGAACUGAUCGCGUUCAAGGAGAAGUACUCCCACCUGAGCGAGGAGCAUGUGCGGCUGAAGCAGCAGCUGCAGCAGCUGUCCCAGGACCUGAGCCAAUCCCGGCACUGGUUGACACUGCAGAUAGCGGCCUGCAUCGUGCCAGUCUUGGCCAUAGUUUGCUACUUUCUGAUCGGUCGUUCGUAAUGCUUGGUUUGAGCGUCGCAAUCUGUAGGUUAUAGAGAGAGAUAUGCCAGGCACACAAGGGGCAUUAGUUUAGCUCGAAAAGCACUCCCGACUCGGUAACAACACCUUUUGCCACGGAAGAGGGAGACGCGAAACAAGAGACAGGAAAAGGGAGUGCGCGUAGUAGUAGUGAAAUAUAAAUGAAUGUGGUGCUGCAGGAUUAAAUUGUUGUUCAGAAAUGGUUAGUUUUCCAGUUUCUUUUUUUUACUUUAUCUUUUACUAUUACCUUUUGUUUUUUUUGUGUUGAAGUGCAAAGCCCGUCUGAAAGGAAGCCAAGCGAAAAUGGGGCAAAAAAAUUAUCUCGUUAUAUCGUUAGUGUACUGUUAGUUAAAAAGAAAUGAAAGGAGACAACACCCACACACACA